ACGUGACGCAGUACACAAACGUUGUUAUUGUCAACCAUUACUGGCUUUGUUGCAAGUUCAGGCGAAGCGGCAUUAAAAAUAAUUUUUAAAAUGUCGCAACAGGGAGCUGCCUUACAAAGUUACAACAAUGAACUUGUGAAAUGUAUCAAUGAUCUCUGUAGCAAGAGGGAUGAACUGCACAAACAAAUACUUCAAGAAGAGGAAGAAAAACAGAAGCUACAAAAUGACAUUAGAAUACUCACUGAAAGACUAGCUAAAGUGAAUGAAAGUUUAAGCAAGAAGAUGGCUUCUCGAAAUGAUUUCGAUAAAACCAUUGCAGAAACAGAGUCAGCAUAUAUGAAGAUCCUUGAAAGUUCCCAGACCUUGCUGAAUGUACUUAAAAAAGAAUCCCAGACUCUGAGAGAGAAGUCAGUCCCUGGUCAGAGGGUGGCACAGUCGUAAACGGUCCCAACAGAGUGCUUCAGUUGUAUGUCAGAAAGACAGGAAUAAAGGUGCCCUUAUAAGUAUUGCUGUGAUACUGUCAAAAUUUUGGAUAAGAAUAAGUAAAAAUGUUUCAGUGUUUUCAUGAAGUUUGGAGGUUGAACAGAACUUUUUGAGAGAAAUUAAAAAAAAAAAUUGUGCUAGGCAGCAUCUGUGCAGAAUCUAAAUGUAUUGCAAGUACCAGUGUAAAGUACACAAAAACUGAAGAAUGAGAAAUGAUAUUUUGCACUUGCACCUGUGUGAAUGAUUUAGAAUGUUAAUGUUUUAUUAAAUUUUGAAUAUCACUGAUUAAGUGCAUUAGUACUUGGCUGGUUCUAGUAUGUAUUUAUGGAGUAAGGGGAAAUCUCAACUUCUUAAGCAGUUAAAUUGGUUUCUAUUUAUAAAUACUUUGUUUGUCUUAAUUUGAACAUUUUUUUUCUGGGACAGAAUUACAGGUAACCCUUGUAGAAGAUGAAUUAGAUCUACUAAGUAUCUAACUGUAUCUUUAUGUUUAUACAAUAUAAUUUUCUCAAAAUUCAAAAAAUAUUUUUUAUUAGACUAAAUAUGUAAAAGGUUCAUAGGGUAGAUUUCAUCAUUGAUGACAUAUAUGAUUCUAAAUGCAUUUGACCCAUCUAUUAUUUGUGGAAAAAUCUGGCUUAAUUUACUUUUUGUCAACACUGUUUAAAGGUAUUUGAACUUUUUUUUAAGCUAACUGUAAAUAUUCUAGACAUACUUAGAAAAGACUGUGCAUUUAUGUACAUUUUUUCCUCAGAUGAUAUAUUCAUAGUAUUUUUAUUUUUUUUUACAUUUCAAAAUAUUUUUAUGAAUGUUUAAGUUUUGGAAAGAAGGCAUGAAUGCCUUUAAUUCAUGAACUCUGCUAAUUGAAGAUUUCUAAUUAUAGAAAUACAUUGUGUGUUUUUAUUUUACACUUUUGUUUGUAAAUAAAAAUUUCAAAUAUACAUA